GUGAAAAUCAAGAUAUCGAGUAGGUUAAUUUGUGAAACACGAUGAGGAUCCGUAAACUCAUCUCCCAGAAAAAAAUCUCAGCACCUAAUCCUUCUUCGAAUAAUCUUUCUUCAUCUGUUUCUUCUAUCCCUUCUUCAUGUCCUGCUGCUGCAACUAGUACUGUUUCAACUUCAACAACUGGUUUAAAGGAGAAGGAGGCGGAGCCUGUGAACAUUUUACAGAAACAACAUGUUGUUGCUUGUGAGCUAAAUAUGUCAGUAUGGGAUGUGACUGCAGAUGACGAGCUUCUCUAUUACCGCAAAGAUGAAGAGGUUUCUAAGGUUAUGAAGAACGAAGAUAAAGAACAAGAAGAUUAUGAUGAUGUUCAUAAAAUUACAGAUGAAUCAGUUGAUACAGAAGAAUAUCAAAUAAGUACUGAAGGAGAUGAUGAUAGUGAAUCCGAAGAAGAUGAUGAAGAAACUAAAGAAGAAGAAUUGAAAGAGGAACAAUAUGCGACGGAGGAUAAAGGGAAACUAGGGCUAAAAUCAGUGAUGAAGAAUGAUGAUGAUGAUAAGAAGAGGAAAAGAGAUUACGAAGAAAAUCAUAUUGAAUCCGAAGAAGAAGAGAUUGAAGAAACUGAAGUAGACAAUGAAGGGAAGUUAGGGUUAAAAUCAGAGAAGAAAAAGGAAACUAGAAAGUGAUUCCGAUUCCGAUUACGAUAUAGAUGAUUAUGAAGAGGAGAAGAAGAAUAAAGUAGUGUAUUGUUGCAAAACUGAUGGGAAAAGAUGGCAUUGUCGAUCCAAAGCACAAACAGGGAAUCCAUUGUGUGAACAUCAUAUGAUUCAAAUGCAACGUUAUUCAGAUCAUCACUAUCGUCAAAGAAAACUGGCCAAGAAAAGAAUAGGUAGACCACCAAAGGGAUCGAGGACUAAUACCAAUGGUACUACUACUAAUCGGGUUAAAAGAAAUAAGAGCAAAAGAGACAGACCAUCAAACAAGGGGAGAUUAUCAGGGGAAAAAUCAUCUGAAUUUUAUUAUUAUUCUGGGUUUGGUCCGUUAUGGGGCAAGAGUAAAAGAGGCAGACCAUCAGAUGAAGUUAAGAAACAACCAGAUUCAUCAGAAGAAAAAUUAGAUGAAGAAAAGCAAGUUAUUAUUGAUGAAGCCUAAUUACUGGUGGAAAAAGUCCAGCGAAAGUCACAGAGGAUAAUGAUGGUGAUAAUGAUAAUGGUUGUAUCAUGUUCGUUGAUGACGAGUUUGAUGAUGAUUAUAACACCGAUGAAGAUUGUAAUGGUCUUAAUGGCAAGACAAAAAACCGAAAACCCAUCAAAGCUCGAUCACUCAAUUCACUGUUCUGAUUGGAUUUUUAGUUUUUGGGAUUCAAACUUUUUUGAUGAUGUCCAGGGAGAUACUUUUUUGACGAUAUAGUAAAUUAGUAACUUCAGGUAGUGGUGGUGGAGUCAUGAGCUUGUCGUGUCUCCUCGUGGAUGGGAUUGGGUAAAUAAUUAACUUAUUUUGUGAAGGGUGUUUUGGACCUUGUUGUUGGGUAUCGAGAAAGAUCCAGGACCACAAAUGUUUGUUGUGAUCAAUGGUGUAGUCUACUCUCUACAGUACUGAUGUGAAAGGGAAACAAAUGAAUUACUUUAUUUUAUUUUUAUUUUUAUUUUAUUUUUACUUUUAAUCUUUUUUGUUUUUGGCUCUGUCUGCAAAUAUUGGUAUGACUCGUUUUUCAUUUGUAUUUGUCUGGCUCGUUAGUUUCUGACUCA